UCUGAGCCAAGUUUUCCCCACGUCCCCUCCCAGGAGAACUACGACGAUCCCCACAAGACCCCCGCGUCCCCCGUGGUUCACAUCCGGGGGCUGAUUGACGGCGUGGUGGAGGCCGACCUGGUGGAGGCCCUGCAGGAGUUUGGUCCCAUCAGUUACGUGGUGGUGAUGCCCAAGAAGCGACAGGCCCUGGUGGAGUUUGAGGACAUCCUGGGUGCCUGCAAUGCUGUCAACUACGCGGCCGACAACCAAAUCUACAUCGCCGGGCACCCAGCUUUUGUCAACUACUCCACCAGCCAGAAGAUCUCCCGCCCUGGGGACAGCGACGACUCCCGUGGCGUCAACAACGUUUUGCUCUUCACCAUUCUCAACCCCAUCUACUCCAUCACGACGGAUGUGCUCUACACCAUCUGCAACCCGUGUGGCCCCGUGCAGAGGAUUGUUAUCUUCAGGAAGAACGGCGUCCAGGCCAUGGUGGAGUUUGACUCGGUGCAGAGCGCGCAGCGAGCCAAAGCGUCCCUCAACGGGGCCGACAUCUACUCGGGGUGCUGCACGCUCAAGAUCGAAUACGCCAAGCCCACGCGCCUGAACGUUUUCAAGAACGACCAGGACACCUGGGACUACACCAACCCCAACCUCAGCGGACAAGGAGAUCCAGGAGGCAACCCCAACAAGCGCCAGCGGCAGCCCCCCCUCCUGGGAGACCACCCUGCGGAGUACGGUAGGCCGCUGCGGAGCCUGGGGGGGGGGGGGGGGGGGGGCAUCAGCCCCCCCCCCUCACCCUGCCCUGGGAUCCCCAACCCUGUCCUUGUGCCCCCCUCCCCAGGAGGACCCCACGGCGGAUACCACGGGCAUUACCACGACGAGGGCUACGGCCCCCCGCCGCCCCACUACGAAGGGAGGAGGAUGGGACCCCCGGUCGGGGGGCAUCGCCGGGGGCCCAGCCGUUACGGCCCCCAAUAUGGGCACCCCCCACCCCCACCGCCGCCCCCCGAGUACGGCCCUCACGCCGACAGCCCUGUGCUGAUGGUUUACGGUUUGGAUCAGUCCAAGAUGAACUGCGACCGCGUCUUCAACAUCUUCUGCCUCUACGGGAACGUGGAGAAGGUGAAGUUCAUGAAGAGCAAACCGGGGGCAGCCAUGGUGGAGAUGGCGGAUGGAUACGCCGUGGACAGGGCCAUCACCCACCUCAACAACAACUUCAUGUUCGGGCAGAAGCUGAACGUCUGCGUGUCCAAGCAGCAAGCCAUCAUGCCGGGGCAGUCUUACGGGCUGGAGGACGGCUCCUGCAGCUACAAGGACUUCAGUGGGUCACGCAACAACCGCUUCUCCACCCCUGAGCAGGCGGCCAAGAACCGCAUCCAGCACCCCAGCAACGUGCUGCACUUCUUCAACGCGCCCCUCGAGGUGACGGAGGAGAACUUCUACGAG